UUUUUUUUUGUUUUUUCUUCUCCAAAUCUUCAUUUGCCAACAAUGCAAGCAAGCAACCUGCUUUGAAAUCGACGCAACCAUCUUCUUCAUCAUCAUCCCAAUUGCAAUUAUUCAUUCAUUUAUUCAUUCCAUUCUGUCAUGUUUAGCGUGAUUUGCGCCUCAAAAGUUCCCCACAAUUCUGCUCUCAGAUCUGACUCUCCCCCUCUCUGACCAUAGCAACAGCAACAGCUGAAUCCUGAAGGUCCUAUAAUUGAAUAGUGCUGAUACAAUGAAGAACAUAGUGGCACCUAUGGAAAAGGCUUUGCCUUCUCCCACUUUUCUGUGGAGAUUCAAGAUGGUACUCUUUCUGAUGUGGGGACUUACUUGCUGCAAGGUUGGUUGGGACUCUGUCAUGAGAAUGGAUGCGAAUUUGCGAGAUCUGUUUUUAUACGAGGCAUUUUUGUAUUAUAACCCUCUCCUUCUUGUGACUAUGAUGGUCUGGCUUUGGGGAGUCAAUUUGUGGGUAUUCCUACAAUCAAGUAUAAAUUAUCCGAAGAUUUUUGAAAUUGAUCAAAACCACCUCACUCACAGAGAGAUAUGGAAGUGUAGCACUUGGAUGACGAUUCUUGUCCCUACUAGCAUGACUGCCUAUCUGUAUCUAUAUUCUCACGGGGAAGUAUCAUUAGCUGCAUCUCAACCUGUGCUUCUCUACAUUCUGUUCGCUGUUAUCAUGAUCUUUCCCUUUGAUAUUUUCUAUUUGUCCUCUCGGUACUUCUUUUUGAGGACAUUGUGGCGGAUAGCUUUUCCUUUGCAGCCAAUAUCGUUUCCUGACUUCUUUGUGGCUGAUAUUUUAACCUCCAUGUCAAAGGUGUUUUCAGAUUUGGAGCGAUCGGUUUGUAGGAUGGUGAACAAACAGGUCGCCACAAUUGCUUGGCUUGAAGCCGAUUCGGUCUGUGGUAGUCACUCUGUUGCAAUCCCAAUGGCUCUUGUUCUUCCUUAUUUGUGGCGUUUAUUGCAAUGUCUUCGUCAGUACAAAGAUACUAAAGACAAAACUUGCCUUUUCAAUGCUCUAAAAUAUUCAACAGCAUUCCCAGUGAUUUUUCUCUCGGCGCUGAAGUAUCACGUCUUCCCCGAGAAAUGGACAACUAUUUAUCGGCCACUGUGGCUAUUCUCGAGUUUAAUUAAUUCGCUCUAUUCAUUUUACUGGGAUAUAACCAGAGAUUGGGAUUUAAGUGGCUUUUCGCGCAUUUUCAAGUUUAACAGACCAAGUGCAGUUUCGAACGCGCUUCACGGACGACAAUGGAUAUAUUUUUGGAUGAUUGGAAGCAACUUUAUUCUGCGCGGCUCGUGGACGUACAAACUAUCUGCGCAUCUCCGGCAUAACUACUUGACAGUGUUUGCAAUCACUCUUUUGGAGAUGUUCCGACGGUUCCAGUGGAUCUUCUUCAGAGUUGAAAAGGAGGUGAAUAAGACAACACGAUCCAGUGGCAUUCAACUCGUCGAAAGCGAGAAAGAGGACGAGAAAUUGCUAGGCACCACCAACAUUCAUGAUGUAUAGAAAAAUGAUUUAAGAAAAACACAUUCAUCCAACCAAAUUUUGGCAAUGUCAUCUUCAUAUAUUAGCAUCAGCUCUAAUUCAAUUCUUUAUACCAACAUGAGGGAUUAUUCAUGCAUAUAUAUGCAUGAAUGUGUAAGUGUAAGAUUAAUAGAGAUAUCUCAUUCCAUUGAUGAAGCAGCACUUGGUUGAAACUGAAAUGCAUGCAAAGAUGUUUACUAAUGAAAAUGAGUUUUAGCAGUUCACUGAAGAUGAGGAAGCUUGAAAUUGAGUGCACAUUCAAGAGCUGCAACAAGGUCUACUUUGAGAUUGAAGAACAUGAUGAUUUAUUUUUUUUAAGAAAAAAAGGAAAAAAAAAAAUAUACAUAGUAUAUUCUUUCCAUUUUUUUUUUGUUUAAAUUAGAUUAGCAUUUUUGUAACUAGAGAAUGGAUACACAAAAGCUUUGUUUGCUUGAUUCAUCUAAGAGGAACUAGUUAGUAUACUUGAUAUUUAUUUUGAAUUUCAUAAUUUCUACAAUA